CAGUGCGCACACAUCCUUGUUAAGCUGGCUCUUUCAGCCUCUCACACUGACCUUUCAUCAUCACCCCCAUCAUCGAUUUGCAGGCACAACCUAUAUAUACAGCAUACACAGACCACGCUUUCUCACACGUUAACCAUGACCAAAUCCUUCUUCUUCUUCAUUUUUCUCAUCUUGCCCUUUAUACUCUCCCUCAAUGGCCAAUUUUUCCGAUUUGCCGAGGGAGGGAAGCGAAGAAUCCACAUAACGGACGAUCUCGACGACGUGAUUGACGACGAGGAGGAUGAGGCCUGGAAGCAGUGGGGCAAGAAAGCAACGCCCGAUUCCGAUGAGUUUGAUCCACCGCCUUCCGAUUUCUCUAACAUGGACAUGUCGCAGAUCCAGGAGUUGAUGAUGAAGCAGCAUCUCGGGCCGGUUUUUGGGUUUGUUAAGCUUCGAUUGGGUGUUCGCCGGACUCCGGAUAUGGUGGGUGAGAUUGCUAUGAAAUGGACAAAAGUUCUAAGAACUGGGGCAAUGGAGGUAAGAUUCAAUGGUGUUGAUACCAGCACAAUCAUGUUCACGAUGGAAAACGGUAAAAACAAAAUUGAGUUGAAGGAGUUCAUAUUAAACCAACCAGAGGCUUAUGAGAUCAAGAUUGGGGAUCAAGUCUUCCGUAGACCUGGAGACCCUCCCGUGGAAGAAGUUAUUGAGAAGCUUCAGAUAGAGAAGGAAAAGACGAGUGAUACUGCUGAGCAUCUGAAAGAAGAAUUGUAGUUUACUAGGAUCUACCUGACAUGCAACCUUUGACACAUUAAAUCUAAUAUUAGUUCAUUGUACAUUUCACUUUGCAGUAUACUCCCCCCUCCAUUUUCUUUUCCAAUCUCAUUUCACUUCCUAAUCUGGCUACUGUGCGUAGUACGCAUAUCCCUGAUGUGUUUUUAUCUUUUAUUGGGAGUGUCACUCAUGAUUUUACCAAGC